AUGCGCAUAAGUUUCUUGUUGCAGGGAGUCUUAUUGGGAGACGAGGGACAUGUGGGUGUUCUGGUCCUCAAAGACAUCAGCGCCCAGACGUUUCAUAGUCUGGGUUUGAUCAUAAGUCCGAACCAGAAACCAUAAUGUAGAACGGAACGCCGACAAUGGCUCUUCUUGGGCGGCGGUUGUGAUUGCAGUGCUGCUGUUAUACAUGCUUAUCCCCUGCUUUGGCUCUCUACUGCAGUCCGUUCACAUUGCAGUUGGGCACGGUGAACGGGCAGUUGAGCCAUUUGAUCCGCGCUUCGAUUGUUCGCUGCUACCAGUUUAUCUUGAACUUCAAGCCAUGUGGGCUUGA